AUGGACAAAAUCUGUUCGGUCCAGCUCUGCCUUGGGCUCCUAACUGUUUUCUCCAUAAUGCUGUUGAUACCGUCUGCACAUGGAAAACCUCUUGCACUACAAGGUAAGCUGAAACUCAGCCUAGACGACAUAGAAAACCCAGGGUUUCCGGAGAGAGGAGACACCAAUCACCAAGACGGGCUGCUGACUCUGCUGCUUAACAAAAACCUCGGCUGGAGGCAACCCGCGGCUAGCGACUUGGAGCUGGCAAAGAAAUUUGAAGAACUUGAACAGCUGGAGAAGUUAAAGGAGCAACUUUUGGCUGGGGAAGGCUCUGAAGAGGCCUACGCCGAGGCAGGCCUGCUGCCAUCACACCCUGACAAACGCGGUCCUCCUGGUGCCUCACCCUCGCCUAGUCCCCCUGAGUGUGGGAGAGGAAUGCCCCGUAGGCACCACUCUUUGCAGCUGCUCUUCAUUGUGGUGUCCGGGGUCCCAUUCCCCUUCUAA